CAGGAAAUUGAACAAUCCAGGAUGUUUCCUGGUUUUAGGGCGGACCCGGAUGCAACAGAUUAAAAGUUGCUGUGGCUAACAGGAGGGUCCGGUCCAGAUUGGAAGUCAAAGCUCAAAUCCGAAAUGUCUCCGAUAGAAAACCUAACCCUCACAUGUGACAGAGAAGGCGCCUUUUCAGAGGGAGAUAUAAUUGCAGGCAUGGUGUCCUUUAAUUUAAAAAAAGACACCAAAGUUAAGCGCGUUUUCGUGAAAGCUAAAGGGGACGCUCACGUUCACUGGACGGAAGGAAGCGGAGAUGAUGAGAAGUCGUACAGCGCACACAGGAGGUACUUUAAAGAGAAGGUGUUCCUGGUGGCAGAAAGCGAAAACGGCAAUGUACUUCCCAAAGGGAUCAAUCAGUUUAAGUUCAGUCUGACAAUCCCACAGGGAAGUAUGCCGUCAUCCUUUAAGGGGGUUCACGGACGUAUUGUCUACAUGCUUCAAGCGAAGAUAUCAAGAAAAUGGCGAUGGACAUCCACAGUGACAAAAGAGAUUGAUUUUUUUUCCAAAUCCAUUCGAAACAUUAAUCGAACAGUGACUCCUCAGUCUGGAUUGGUUAAUAAAAAGGUGGGGGUUUUCUCGAAAGGAGAUGUCCAUUUGUCUGCUUCUGUUAACAGAGAUGUGUGUUCUCCAGGUGGCACUAUAUCUGCUUUUGCCAAAAUCUGCAACUCCUCUUCCAAAUCAAUGAAGCCCAAGUUCAGUGUGGUCCAGAGAACAGUGUACCGUGCUGAAGGGUCCACCAAUACCAGCAGUAACGUCCUAUUCAAAAGUGUUGGGGACACCAUUGGACCAAACUCUGAAGCUACAGCCACCUGUAAUAUUGAGAUUCCUACUUCUGUCAUCUACAGUAUUGAUAACUGUGAUAUUAUCUCAGUGGAUCAUCUCGUCAAGGUCUAUUUAGACAUUAGUUUCCGUUUUGAUCCAGAGGUGGUGUUUCCUCUGCUCAUGGUUCCUCCUAAUUGGACUUUUCCUUGUGAGGAGGCGGGGCCUUAUCCAGCUGGUGCUUUUGGGGGCCAGAGCUACAGUGACUUCCCGGCUCCUCUCUACCCAAAUCCUUUCCCCACAGGCUCAGAUGCUUAUCAAUACUCAACACCGGAGAAAACUCAUCAAACAAACCUAGCAAGUGGCUCUGAGUGGCCACAAGAUGCCCCUCCAUAUGGGUUUUCA